UCUCAGCUCGGCAGUCUGCGCUACCCCUGCCGCUCUCCAAAUCACACAACACGCACGCAAUGUCGGUGGCCAGCACAGAGACGAGUGCCCCGUUGCCCGCGGCCGCCAGCCGGGUGUUCUUCCAGCCACCGGCCGGGGUAGGGUGCGCUGGGUCCGGCCCAAUGCCGCGCGACGACCCGGUCCAGAGGAAGCAGGGGAAAGUGACGGUUAAAUAUGACAGGAAGGAACUGCGGAAGAGACUCAUACUAGAAGAAUGGAUAAUUGAACAACUCAGCGAUCUUUACGACUGUGAGGAGGAGGAGAUGCCAGAAGUGGAAAUAGACAUUGAUGACCUGCUGGAGGUCAACAGUGAAGACGAGAGAGCUGUCAAACUACAGGAAUCUUUAAUAGACUGCUAUAAACCCACAGAGGUCUUUGUCAGUGAGCUGUUGGGGAGAAUAAGAGGAAUGAGGAAGCUCAGUGCUCCCAGUAAGAAAGGUCUAUAAUGGACCAGGAACUGCAAAUCGACCACAUCCGCAACACAUCAGAACUCAAUUGCCACCUUACUGAAAUUGAAUCUAAUUUCAUACUCAACAAAACACAAAUUGUCAAACACAUCAUCCAUCAUGUGAAUUAACCUCGACUCAAAACUCAACCACAACUCAACAAGAUCGUUCAAGUCAAAACAACACUGAACACCUGACCAUCGUCACAAAACUCCACACUCUUACACAACUUAAACAUCUGAACAUUAUAACGCUGAACCGGUGAACAUCAUAAAACAACUGAACACUGAACACUACAGCCAUAACUAAAUAUAAUGACAAGGCCACAAAUCAAAGUGAAUAGCCUUGUUACAGUAGAACCCAUCCGAACACUUUAAGAGGACAACAUACCAACGUCACCACUCAAAACAUGCUAACCAAAACUACAAACCAAAACAUGAUGCUAACACUGUCCCUUCGAGCUACACUGCUACCAUGAACAGCCGUAGUUUCAGAACUCACCACCAAGAGUUUUCUUUGUCACCAAAAUCUUUUUUUAAUCAAGAUUAAUAGUGUGUUUACAUUGUCACCUAGCCAGUCGAACUGUAAAAGAUACACACACUUGGUUUGAUAGUUUUUUUUGUUUUUAAUUAGUUGUUUUGGUGUAACAGAAUUACUUUUUCUUUACCAUUGUGGUAAUACACUGUAAUGUUAGGACUAGCCAGGUCAACUACAACGACUCUCUCUGGGGUUAAAGGUCACUGAGAAGUAAACAGGAGCCUUCUGGAAUUUGUCCAAGAGAAAUUCUCAUUUUCGUUUUAUUUUCUAUAUUUUUUUUAAUGAAACAAAACUCUAUUUAAGUCAUUCAGCAGAGGCUCCAGUGCGACUUGCAGUAGGGAGCACAUAUAUUUACAUACAGUUAUAUCCAUUUUGUACAAGGAACUUUUUUUUCCUAUGGUACGUAAACAUCCUUAAAGACCUACAGAGCUGGAGGACCUGGAUUGGAAUAACCAAUGUGGACAUGGGAAAGGUUUUUGGAGUCCUCCCCGUCUUGCUAAAACCAGUGGUCCCUUUAGUUGGUUCCAGAACAAUCUAAACAGUCAAAAGCUGUCGAUAUAUCUAGGACAUCAGUGGAACUUGACAAAAACUAUGGAAAUGUUUUUAUCAGUGAAAUGAACAACUAUCCUACAUACAAAAGCAACCACCAGUUUCUGUAUACUGGUUAUGUUACCAGCUUGAUUUGAAUAGGAGGGACCAUUUAGUCAUCACUUAACCAGAAAAAGACAAUGCAGUAAAAACAGCCAAAUAUAAUUUAACCCGAUAAUUUAACUGGGCCUGUUACAACAAAUAACUCACAUGUCAACUUGGACAAAUAUCCACUCUAUUAGAUCAUAUUUAUUUGGACGAUACGCCAAUGAUGGUGUCCUUCCAUCCCUCGUAGGCUUAGUUCCAUUGACCUCUUUAUUGUAUCUAUCAUUUUUCACACUGAUCAGAACUGCCCUCACUCAAGAGGGGCCUGAUGGGUACUGUAGUUCUUACUGAAAGCAUUGUAUUGCUAAUCACAUGACUGCCAUUGUUUCCUACCUUAGAUGUUUCUGUGAAUAGUUACCUAUGUAAUUUCCAUUUGACGGCUAAUUAGUUGAUGUAAUCUUCUGGUAGUCAAUGAUGUAACAUGCCAAACAUAUCUACUGAUCCAUAGUGUGGGGUUUGUUCGAAGGAACUUUGUCAAAUGGUAUUAACGGAGUCAGCCCUUCUCAUCAGGAACAAUUACAGUGGAUCCCAAAAUACAUGUACAAAGUAAUAAAAACAGGUGAGUUGUAAAAUACAUUUUAAAAAUAGUAGCAGCAUAUUGUUUUUAAAGUGUGUACAUGCUUUCUCCAUUGACAAAAGACAAUUUCAAGGAGGACAAGGCAGAGCUUUUCUCCAGUAGUUUAACCAUCAGAAUCCUCAACAACAUGCCCACUAGCCUGCUAAUGAGGUAACAUCACCUCAACCUAAGUGAGAAAACCCUGCUGUCAGAACACUUACGGUGCCAUUUUAAACUGCCCGUUUCACUCACCUCUGUACUCGGGUCAGAGGCCAUAGUGACAUUAUCAAGGUCAACUUGUCAAAGGUCAAAUAAACUUUUGUCGUGACAGAACAGAAAUUUAGGAGAAUGUUCAGUUUGGUCCAUGAGACGCUGUUUUUUUUAAGAAUAUGUUUUAAUUCAUGCUGUACUUUUUAAAUUCAUACUGUACUUUUUAAUUCAUGCUGUACUUUUUAAAUUCAUACUGUACUUUUUAAUUCAUGCUGUACUUUUUAAAUUCAUACUGUACUUUUUAAUUCAUACACUACCUUUUAAUUCAUACUCUACUUUUUAUGUGAAAUAAGCUCAGAUUUCUAUAGUGGAGAGUACUACUGUUAUUUAUUGUAGAUGUAUAUUGUUUUUCUUCUAUACCACCAACUACACCCACAGCCCCUGGAAACAAACACUACUCUUUAACUGGCCCCAGUCCAUUCCAGUUCAGAUAUCUGAAUAGAAACGGAAUGUGUCCGGACUCUGCUCUAGAACUUCAGCAGCCAAAGACAGAAACAGGGCAACAUUUGUUAACUUCCUGUAGGGAUGAAUUGGUUUAAAACAGGACAAUGUUAACUUCCUGUAGGGAUGAAUUGGUUUAAAACAGGACAAUGUUAACUUCCUGUAGGGAUGAAUUGGUUUAAAACAGGACAAUGUUAACUUCCUGUAGGGAUGAAUUGGUUUAAAACAGGACAAUGUUAACUUCCUGUAGGGAUGAAUUGGUUUAAAACAGGACAAUGUUAACUUCCUGUAGGUAUGAAUUGGUUUAAAACAGGACAAUGUUAACUUCCUGUAGGGAUGAAUUGGUUUAAAACAGGACAUUGUUAACUUCUCUGAAAUAAACGGGUUUUGCAUGUAAAGAUCAGAGGCCUUAUGAAAAUAAGAGUAGCUGUAUUAUCAACUUGUAAACAAGCAUCAAAAAGGUUUUCAUUUUUCUCAACUAAAUGAUGACAUACCCAAUGAGUGUUAGGAAAGGAAUCCAGGAACUAAUAUGGUGCUUUUUCAUUGGUGUUCUCUGUUUUGUUAACAGUUUGAUUUAACAUGUGUUUUUAGUUUUGAGGCUCAAUUCAAUCAAACCCACAUUGAUGUAUUUACGCAGCAACAUUUUCAAAAGCUCAAAUGAACUACUAGACUAGUCUUAAGUACACAAACCUACGUAGGCUCCCUCAGACGUCUGCCUGGACAAAUCAGAGAAGUCAUUUGGCACUGGAUUAAUAUAACAUAAAUAAAGGUGCUGCUUAAACAUUGCUAUGGCAGGUUGGAUUGACUCCUGGGCUUGGUUUAUGACCAGGUUUUUUGAGGUGUGUGCGCGCUCAUAAAGUCAGUCUUUGUUGAUACAAAUAGUCUAAAUCUUCAUCUCCAGUUAUUUCAUCUUCACCUCUCAUUAUUCCUCUUUCCUUCUCUCAUCUUCUCUCCUUCACAUCUGCUCAGUUCUGCUCCCUAUAUCUUCUGUCAGCUCCUUCAUCUGUUAAUGAAUUGAACAGGUGCAAAGCUCACUGAGCAGCUGCCAUUUUAUUUUUGUAGAAUUCUGUGUGGUCAGAUGAAUGCUGAUGUGACAACUUGAGGAACCAAUGAGAGGAGAGGAAGCCACAGCAGAUGUCAGCUGGGGUCAAAACAUGAAUUCUGUUGCAAAAAUUUUUCUAAUAAUUGAAGCUAAAGGAGUGAAACUGGGACCUGAAUUUGUCCAACAGACAACAGUUUGCAAACAGUCGGCAGAAUGAACACACCCCGCUGACAAGAGACUGGUCAGUGUCCCUCCAGGGCCUCGUUUGUUCAGGGCUGCUGAUGUUUUAUUGAGUACAUGAAGAAGUGUUCUGAGAGUGUCUGUGUCCUUUGAUUGGGGAGCUUUCAGUUUGCAUGUUUUACUAGCACUUUUUUUCUACCGUAUUAUAAAGACUGUCCUGGGAGCAGGAGUGUUGUGUAGCUGACGUCAACUCCAGGCGUCCCUGUUUUGAAACUGUAAUGUGUGGUGUUCUAAUAAAUAGACAGAAAGACCUGUCUGGCAACAGU